UACCGAGUCUGGCAUGUGCUUACACAAGUUUCUUACAAUGGCUUCCAAUGUCUUCUUCACUUCAAGUGAUCGCUCUAGGCAUCUUAAGGUAUGCUUGCAGUUUACUUAGAAAAGACAUGAAAAAGAUAGUGAUCACUCUUGAUUCCUUAUAUAUCCUAUACUUGCAAAAACAAGGGGACAAGCAGGCUCUAGCAAAGAGAAAACAAGUAGAAGGGAUUCAAAUUGGCAUAUCUGAUGAUGAGUUAUCUAAACAGGUCCAAGGAAAACUAGUACACCUGAGAGAGAGAUUGAAGCAAAGGGAGUUAUGAAAUGUAAAUGCUUCUAAACAUACAUUCUUAGACCCUUUAAAUUGUAUUUGAUUUCUUGGUGAACUGGGAAGGGAAUUUAAGUAGUGAGAAUUGCCAAUAAUUUUUAAUUUUUUUCCUUAUUGGGUUUCCAUUUAUUUAUAAAAUUAGUAGAGGAGAAUUUGUGUAGCAGUGACAUAGAUUAACUAUGUAAAAAUUGAGUAUUUGUUGUACCGAAAACAGUCAUUGUAUUUGUUAAUGAUAGAAAGAAAGAAAGAAAGAAAGAAAUACA